UUUACAUGUCACCUCCCUUCGCCGGCGCUUGUUACCACCGUCAACAUCGCCGCCGGCCAGAGAGAAAAUGGCUGCGUAUCACCAACCAUACGAUCCUUACUACGUCUACAAUCCUCUCCCACAGCCGCUCCAGCAUUUCGCCGACGAACCUGGGGCGAUCAACACACUCUUCGUCUCCGGCUUGCCUGACGACGUCAAGGCUCGUGAGAUCCACAACCUCUUCCGCCGUCGUCCCGGAUUCGAGUCUUGCCAGCUCAAGUACACCGGACGCGGCGACCAGGUAGUUGCAUUUGCAACGUUCUCGAGUCAUGGAUUCGCCAUGGCUGCAAUGAAUGAGCUAAAUGGUGUGAAGUUUGAUCCUCAAACAGGAUCGACUCUGCAUAUAGAAGUAGCUAGAUCAAACUCUAGAAGAAAAGAUAGGCCAGGAAGUGGGCCUUAUGUCGUAAUUGAUAACAGAAACAAGGAGACAUCGGACGACCAGAGUGAUGAAGGGGAAAGCGAUCCUUAUGAGGCGCAGGAACCUGGAAAUAGCAAUUCUCCAAAGGAAAUUGAUAAUACCAAAAGCGAAGUGGACUCUGAUCAAGAUAGUAAAGCACCACCUACUAGUGGGCGUUUGGAAAAAGCAUCCGACGGAGGUUCUGGUGCUCGACCAUGUUCCACCUUGUUUAUAGCCAAUCUAGGGCCUAAUUGCACAGAAGAUGAACUCAAACAACUCCUGUCUAGAUAUUCUGGUUUCAACAUCCUGAAAAUACGAGCAAGAGGCGGAAUGCCAGUUGCAUUUGCUGAUUUUGAGGAAAUUGAACAAGCGACUUAUGUCAUGAAUGAUCUUCAAGGCAACCUCCUAUCCUCUUCAGACCGAGGCGGCAUGCAUAUAGAAUAUGCAAGAUCCAAGAUGAGGAAACAGUAGAAGAUUCUCAUAAACAAUGAUCUUGGAUAGAGUGAAUCAAGUUCUUGGUCUUGCCAUGGUCCCCUGAAGGUCAUUUAAUCAACUGCCCCCACCAAUGUCCUCUCCAGUUUUGGGCUUUUCUUUGUGUGUGUAUAUAUAGUAUCUUAUCUUUGUUCAAUUUGAGAAAUAAAUGUUGAUUGGUGAUGCGGAUAGGCAGAAAAGAUACCCCCAAGGACCCAAUGCAUCACUGUAUUGACAGGCAAGUCAUUUUUUCAUGCAUCAUUAUUACACUGUCGUGCGAGUAAAGAAAGCCUUCAGUGUUUUGUUUUCU